GCAUGAAUGAAGAUUAGUCGGGAGAAAAUACUAAAAAGAAUAGGCAAAGACCAGAGGAUACCUAAAGGGAAAAGAAGGAGAUGAAAUAAUAGGUGGAAUGGUUUGAGCGUUGGAACGAACUAAACCAAGUUCCGCUACAACUACAAGAACGUGGAGCAUCAAUCUCAUCUGGCCGCCGGAGCUCUCUUCUGUCUUGUCUUCUCCAACUAUCCAAAACCCCAAUUUCAGAAAAUGGUUCCCAACUUCUACAACUAGAUUUCCCCUUCACUUCCAUCUCCAUCAAUGCCUUACUCAACCAUCUUCUUCCAUUCCUAUAUCAGGACUUCCAUGUCCAUUUCCUUCAGACCAACUUCUUCUCCAUUUUCCAUAUCUUCAACCCGCUUCAGACCUUGGAUUCCUCAUCUUUUCACCCGGAGGAACCUAUCCAUGGGGUUUGUCAACUUCCAGUCUCGUCCGGGGUUGGUGUCUGGUGUUCGUUGUACGAACCAAUCCAAGUGGGUUGAAGUUGCCUUGAGGGAGAAACAGCAGGACCAUGUCAAGGGUUUCCGGCAGAGAAAUGUCGCCUUCCCGUUUUGGCAGCAUCAGCCUUGCUCCAAUUAUGGUCGCUUUGCGUAUGAGGAUGUUUCUAGUGAUGAUUCUGAUGUCGAAUUUGGGUCUCCGCAGGGGCAAAGGAGUUCAUCAACCCUCGAUAACGUAGAUGAGUGGAGAUGGAAGUUAACCAUGCUUCUACGCAACAAUGAUGAACUAGAAGUAGUGUCAAGGGAGAAAAAGGAUAGACGUGAUUUUGAGCAACUUUCAGCCUUGGCAACCAGAAUGGGUUUGCAUAGCCGUCAAUAUGCAAAAGUUGUUGUAUUUAGUAAAGAUCCUCUGCCGAAUUACAGACCGGACCUGGAUGAUAAGCGACCACAGAGAGAAGUGGUCUUACCUUUUGGGGUCCAAAGGGAAGUUGAAGGUCAUCUAAGAUUGUACCAAUCUUCUCACAAGUCUGUGUCAAGAGGAUGUUUUUCAAAUAGUUACUUACCAAAAGAUGGCGUUGCUGAAAACUAUGCUAACAAUAAUGGACCAUUUGAGCACCAGGAACCUUUGACAACACAAAGUGUUGUCAUGGAGAAAAUUCUUCGCCGCAAAAGUUUGCAACUGAGGAAUCAGCAGCAGGAUUGGCAGGAAUCUCCUGAGGGCCAAAAAGUGAUAGAAUUUCGCAAAAGUCUCCCUGCAUUCAAAGAGAGGGAAGCAUUGUUAAAGGCCAUUUCAGAAAAUCAGGUAGUUGUUGUCUCAGGUGAAACUGGUUGUGGCAAAACCACACAGCUUCCUCAGUAUAUUUUAGAAUCUGAGAUUGAAGCUGCGCGUGGAGCUUCUUGUAGUAUUAUCUGUACUCAGCCUAGACGUAUUUCUGCCAUGGCUGUUUCUGAAAGAGUUGCUGCAGAACGUGGAGAGAAACUGGGAGAGUCUGUUGGUUAUAAAGUUCGGCUGGAGGGUAUAAAAGGAAGGGAAACUCGUCUUCUCUUUUGCACUACUGGUGUACUAUUGAGAAGAUUGCUCGUUGACAGAAAUUUGAAAGGUGUAACUCAUGUUAUUGUUGAUGAGAUUCAUGAACGUGGAAUGAAUGAAGAUUUUCUUGUUAUUGUCCUGAAAGAUCUCCUUCCUCGACGGCCUGAUUUGAGGUUGAUCUUGAUGAGCGCAACUCUGAAUGCAGAACUUUUUUCUUCUUAUUUUGGUGGUGCUCCAACAAUGCAUAUCCCUGGUUUUACAUACCCAGUUCGUGCACACUUUUUGGAGAAUAUUCUUGAGAUUACUGGCUAUCGAUUGACUCCAUACAAUCAAAUUGAUGAUUAUGGUCAAGAAAAGGCAUGGAAAAUGCAAAAACAAGCUCCAGCUCUAAAGAAAAGGAAGACCCAGAUUGCUUCAUCUGUUGAGGAUGCAUUUGAGGCUGCUAACUUUUCAGCAUACAGUCCUCGGACUCGGGAGUCUCUAUCCUGUUGGAAUCCUGACUCAAUUGGUUUCAACCUCAUUGAGCAUGUCCUCUCUUACAUUGUCAAGAGGGAGAGGCCAGGUGCUAUAUUAGUUUUUAUGACCGGUUGGGAUGAUAUAAACUCUUUAAAGGACCAGCUCCAGUCUCAUCCUUUAUUAGGGGAUCCUAGCAGAGUCUUGCUCCUUGCAUGUCAUGGUUCGAUGGCCAGCUCUGAGCAGAAAUUGAUAUUUGAUAAACCUGAAGAUGGAGUUAGGAAAAUAGUCCUAGCUACGAACAUGGCAGAGACUAGUAUCACCAUCAAUGACGUGGUUUUUGUUGUUGACUGCGGAAAAGCAAAGGAGACAUCCUAUGAUGCACUAAAUAACACUCCUUGUUUGCUUCCAUCCUGGAUCUCCAAGGCUGCUGCACGACAAAGAAGAGGUAGGGCUGGUCGUGUUCAACCUGGCGAGUGUUACCAUCUCUAUCCCAGAUGUGUAUAUGACGCUUUUGCUGAUUAUCAACUGCCAGAACUUUUAAGGACCCCAUUGCAGUCUUUGUGUUUGCAAAUCAAGAGUCUGCAACUUGGAAGUAUAUCAGACUUCCUAUCAAAUGCAUUGCAGCCGCCAGAGCCUUUAUCGGUUCAAAAUGCCAUAGACUAUUUGAAGACAAUUGGAGCUCUGGAUAAGAAAGAAAAUCUGACAGUUCUCGGGCAACACUUGUCAGUUCUUCCAGUUGAGCCUAAACUAGGAAAAAUGCUUAUAUUAGGAGCUAUUUUCAACUGUCUUGAUCCAAUUAUGACUAUUGUUGCUGGUCUUAGUGUCAGAGAUCCUUUUCUUAUGCCAUCUGAUAAAAAGGAUUUAGCCGAAUCAGCAAAAGCACAGUUUGCUGCACGUGACUGUAGUGAUCAUCUUGCCUUAGUUCGAGCUUAUCAGGGUUGGAGAGAUGCUGAAAAACAGCAAUCUGGUUAUGAGUACUGUUGGAGAAACUUUCUCUCCAUGCAAACUCUUAGAGCCAUUGACUCUUUGAGAAAGCAGUUCUUCUUUUUGCUGAAGGACACUGGUCUAGUUGAUUAUGAUGCAGAAAAAUGCAAUAUCUCAAACCACGAUGAGCACUUAAUUCGUGCAGUCAUCUGUGCUGGUUUGUUUCCCGGAAUUUGCUCUGUUGUGAACAAAGAGAAAUCAUUAGCUUUAAAAACAAUGGAAGAUGGUCAGGUUAUGCUAUACUCGAACUCAGUUAAUGCUGGCUAUCCAAAAAUUCCCUACCCUUGGCUGGUGUUUAAUGAAAAGGUGAAAGUCAAUUCAGUCUUUCUUCGGGACUCUACUGGGGUUUCUGACUCUAUCCUGCUUUUAUUUGGAGGAAAUGUUUCGAGAGGAGGACUUGAUGGUCACCUCAAAAUGUUGGAUGGUUAUUUGGAGUUUUUCAUGAAACCUGCAUUGGCCGAGACUUAUUUGAGCCUUAAAGGCGAGCUUGAUAAGCUUGUUCAUCAAAAACUUUUGAAUCCGAAGUUAGAUAUGGAGCCACACAAUGAACUACUAUCAGCAAUAAGGUUGUUGGUGUCAGAGGAUCGCUGUGAGGGUAGGUUUGUCUUUGGUCGCCAUAUGCCUGUACCAUCAAAAAAAGCGAUGACCGACGGUCAACCUCGACAGAAAAAUGGUGAUGGAGCUGGGGGUGAUAAUUCCAAGAAUCAGCUUCAGACCCUACUUCUGAGAGCGGGACAUGAAACACCAACUUACAAAACUAAGCAAUUAAAAAACAACCAGUUUCGUUCCACUGUUAUUUUCAACGGGUUGAACUUUGUGGGCCAACCCUGUGGGAGCAAGAAACUUGCAGAAAAAGAUGCAGCUGCUGAGGCUCUGCUAUGGCUACAGGGUGAGACACAUUCAUCUUCCCAAGCCAUCGAUCAUGCUUCCAUACUUCUGAAAAAGAGCAGAAAGAAGAAUGAUAAAACAUCAUUUCGUAGUGCCAAAUGGAGUUGAUUGGACAGAUAAAGAGUAAAAAAGACGAUAAUCAUGAACGACUGUUCAACUUGCUCAUGUUUGAAGUUUUGAUAUUCAAGACUGAGGAGAUCAAUUUCUUGGCCAUGUCUAGGCAACAGUCAAUCUAGUUCAACCGCUAAUAUUGAAUCACAUGGAGCCAUCCAUUUACAGGAACUCACUGGGCAUUAUUCUUCUCAAACGAAAACUCGAGGUCUAACGCGAUUUGAACUUUGAAGCAAGUAAUCUACCAUGCAGUGAGCUACAGUAGUGGCAAGAAUUUGCAGCCAUAAUUUUGCACAAUGUUAACCCUCCAUAGAAGGAAUAGGUUCUAGAAAUUGACCAGACCGAGCAAUUUAGGUAGAUGGUAAAUUGCUGCUUGAGAAGCUGUUGUUGUAUGAGCUGCCCUCAUUGUUUACUUCUCUGCUCAAGAGCUCAGCAGAAAGCCAAUUCUUCAGGUUCUAUCAACUACUGGCAGAUUUGGGCGUCUGGCCAUAUACUUUGUUUGUUCACCCUAUUUUGCUGGUGGUCUAACAUAUUCUCCAAUAUUUAUGCUACUGUUAUACACAGGGAUUUGUUCAAUAACAGAACUGGGUUGUUUUCCAGUUUUAGUACUAGAGGAUUUUUUCCCCCCUCCUUCGGAUGUAUAGAUGUAUACUUUUCUUUCCUAUAGUUUGUGGUAGAGAUUUGAACUUUUGAUGACGUUUUUGUCGAAGAGAUAUACUAGUUAAAUUAAGAUUGGCAAUGACUUUUAUAUGUGAACAGAUGGGAUUGACUUGAUUCAAAUUAAUUUAUCAGAUUCUACAUGGUCCUUUUGAUUGGAAUAA